AUGGGCAAAAAUACAAUAAUCGGCGCGUCGACCGUCCUGGUGGUGGCGGUCGUCGCCGCCGUGUGCGUGGUGACCUUCAAGGAGGCCAACAAUGAGAAGUCCAACGAGGAGCUGACGACGUCGGUGAAAUCGAUCAAGUCCUUCUGCCAGCCCGUGGACUACAAGGAAGCCUGCGAGAAGACGCUGCAGGACACGGCCGGGAACGCGUCGAGCACGACGGAGCUGGCCAAGGCCAUCUUCAAGGCCACCUCGGAGCGGAUCGAGCAGGCGGUGCGCGAGUCCAGCGUGCUCAACGACCUCAAGAACGACCCGCGCACGUCGGGCGCGCUCAAGAACUGCAAGGAGAUGCUCCACUACGCCCUCGAUGACCUCAAGACCACCUUCGACGAGCUGGGCGGCUUCGAGAUGACCAACUUCAAGCGCGCCCUGGACGACCUCAAGACGUGGCUCAGCUCCACGCUCACGUACCAGGAGACGUGCCUGGACGGCUUCCAGAACACCACCACGCCCGCCGCCGCCAAGAUGCGCAAGGCGCUCAACGUCUCGCAGGAGCUCACCGAGAACAUCCUGUCGAUCGUGGACGAGUUCGGGGACACCAUCGCCAACCUUGACAUUGACCUCUCCAUGUUCAGCCGCCGGCUGCUCGCGAACGACGGCGCGCCCGGGUGGAUGUCGGAGACCAAGCGGAGGCUGCUGAAGGUGACUCCCACCGAGCCCGACUUCACGCCCGACGUGACCGUGGCGGCGGACGGCAGCGGAGACUUCAAGACCAUCAACGACGCGCUGGCCAAGGUGCCGCUCAAGAGCGCCGAGACGUACGUGAUGUACGUCAAGGCCGGCAAGUACAAGGAGUACGUCUCCGUGGCGCGCAACGUGACCAACCUGGUGAUGAUCGGCGACGGGGCAACCAAGACCAUCAUCUCCGGGAAUAAGAACUUCAUGAUGAACAUCACCACCAAGGACACGGCCACCAUGGAGGCGAUCGGCAACGGCUUCUUCAUGCGCGGCAUCGGCGUCGAGAACACGGCGGGCGCCGAGAACCACCAGGCCGUGGCGCUGAGGGUGCAGAGCGAUCAGUCGGCCUUCUUCGAGUGCCAGUUCGACGGGUACCAGGACACGCUGUACACGCACACCAGCCGGCAGUACUACCGCGACUGCACCAUCACCGGCACCAUCGACUUCAUCUUCGGCAACGCGCAGGUGGUGUUCCAGAACUGCCUCAUCCAGGUGCGCCGGUGCAUGGACAACCAGCAGAACAUCAUCACGGCGCAGGGGCGCAAGGAGGGGCACUCGGCCGGCGGCACCGUCAUCCACAACUGCACCAUCGAGCCGCACCCGGAGUUCAAGGACCACACCGACAAGCUCCGCACCUUCCUGGGACGGCCGUGGAAGGAGCACUCCCGGACGCUCUACAUCCAGUCCGAGAUCGGCGACUUCAUCGACCCGGAGGGGUGGCUGCCGUGGCUCGGCGACUUCGGGCUCAACACCUGCUUCUACGCCGAGGUCGACAACCACGGGCCGGGCGCCGACAUGAGCAGGCGCGCCACAUGGAGGGGCGUCAAGUCCAUCAGCUACCAGCAGGCGCAGCAAAAGUACACCGUCGAGAGGUUCAUCCAGGGGCAGCUCUGGAUCUCCAAGUUCGGCGUGCCAUUCAUCCCGGGGUUGCUGCCGCAGACGGAGGGCGGCAGGAUACACUGA